CGAACCGGAACGCCCUUCCGGGGUCCCCUCGGUGGCUGCCCGUGGUUCCCGGGCGGCGGGCGCCGAGCUCAAGCACUCAGUUUGCCUUCCAUAUCUUUCAAGAGCGCUAUCCCCGUACAGUGGAGAAAGAAUAUUUAUUAAUUGGGAUUCUUAACCUAUCCAGGCUGUUACCCAUUUCGCAUUAGGACUCAGACCAUAGACGUGCAUUUUCUGUGAUUCAUUGUGAUUUGCUUGUGUUAUCGGGAAGUCAAGGCUUUGCUUUUGUAAGGCUAUAUCCAUAUAAAAUAACCGCACAAGGCAUUAUGGCGUGUGGUAGGAAAGUUACUGCAAAGAUAGGUCCAUCUAUCUUGAACUCAGACCUGUCCAUGCUUUAUGAUGAGUCUGAGAGGAUGCUUAGGGCAGGAGCAGACUACCUUCACUUAGAUGUUAUGGAUGGACAUUUUGUUCCAAACCUUACAUUUGGACAUCCUGUUGUUAAAUGCCUGAGACAAAAAUUACCUGAAUCAUUUUUUGACCUCCACAUGAUGGUUGAGAAGCCAGAGAAUUGGGUGGAAGCCAUUGCGGAUGCUGGGGGAAACCAAUACACAUUCCAUGCAGAGGCAUCUAGUGACAUUCCAGCACUCUGCAGGAAAAUAAAGGAAUCUGGAAUGAAGGUGGGGAUCGGCAUCAAGCCGGGCACGCCGGCAGAGCUGCUGCUGCCGCACGCCGAGCUGGCGGACAUGCUGCUCGUCAUGACAGUGGAGCCCGGCUUCGGCGGCCAGAAGUUCAUGCAGGACAUGAUGCCCAAGGUGCGCCUGCUGCGCGAGCGGUUCCCGCUGCUGGACAUCGAGGUGGACGGCGGCGUCAGCCCGGCCAACAUCGACCUGUGUGCCCAGUCCGGGGCCAACAUGAUCGUGUCGGGAAGCGCCGUGGUGAAGGCCGACAGUCCGCAGCAGGUGAUUACUCAGCUGAAGCAGGCGGUGCAGAAGGUCUUCCCCUAGCGCCGUUGGUACCAGGCCCGCCCGCUGCCGACCGGAACCUUCCUCGCGCCGCACAUUCCAGAGCUUCGCUUCGGCCGCCGCUGCCGUUCGUGGAGUGGUCGGCUGACCUUCCAGGGCCUGGCUGGCGCACCGUCGGAGGCGCGCACGGCGGCGGGCGCGAGGUCCGCUUCUCCGUGGCUGUUUUGUACCGGUUCACCCACGAUCGGGACGGAGCACGUUCUGACAUAUUGUCGGGAUAUUUUGUUUACCAAAGCUGUCUGGUGGCGGGUUAGAGCGGGACGUGACACUUGGGUGGGAAACCGUACGGGGCUGUGUAGCACAGCACUCCGAGGAGCGCGGACGACGCCUGAGAUCCGGAAGGGAAGCACCUGAACAACAUUCUGUACCGUGACUGGCAGUAAGACACACGCACCUGUAGCUUGUUCUAGAUAGAGUAUGGGAAGGAUGGUAUCGUAUAUCGAUAUCGUAUCCAUCGUAUCGUAUAUCGUAUAUCGAGCGGACAUCUAGCGUCUGUUCCAGCUGGUUCUCCGUUGGAAGUGGAACGAGAUCUACGUGAAGUCAGUUCCAUGGAGCCCGCUGAAACAGACCUUGUCUCUAAACAUGUAUUCAAUGUUAUGCGCAAUACACAAAAUGCAAUGGCUUUCUAAA